AUGAUCUGGGGAGAGACCCAGCCGGCAGGAGCGGAAGCUGGCAGUCCAGGCGGCCAGCCCGAGGCCGGGGCGCCGGCCGAGCGCCCAGCCCCUGUGAGGGGCUUCGCUGAAACCCUGGGCCUCGGGCGCCUCACCAGCCACCACGCCAGCCGCCACUUGGUGGCAGCAGAUGCCCAGGCACCCUCGGCUGCUCCUGCCCUUGCAGAACUCGUGCCCUGUGGGCCCCCAGAGGUGGGCCCUGGGGUGACCCCACCCUUUCCAGACCGGGUGGUGGGCAGCCCCUGUCUGUGGGCAACAGGCAGGUGUCUCCCGGGUGCUGGGACUCGGCCUUUCCCAGCAGCGUUGGGGCUCCGCUUUGGGCCCCCUCCACAGGAGUCACCUCAGCCCCUCUCUGCUGCAGCCCUGCCUCCCCCGAGCCUGGAAUCCUGGCACCUUCCUGUAGCGCAGCCUCCCAUCCCUGAGCAGAGGACCCCUCCUCCCCGGCGAGCGGUCGUCUUGUGGCACGGAGGUUGGGAGGUUGCCCGUCCAGCUGCCAGUGUGGACCUCCAGAGCGGGGGGCAGGCGGUUCACCAAACAUUCCCUGAGCACCUGCCUGCGCCAAGGACUUCUCUAGAUGCUGGAGACCCCCGGGGGACGAGACAGGGUCCUUCCCCCAGAGCCUCCCAACUGCUGGAAAGCAGACGUCGCGUGCGAAACAACGGAGCCGUUGCGGUAGCUGCCCCUGGGGGCCACGGAGGGAGGCGACCUGCGGCAGGGCCCGCUCCCAGUUGCCGGGGAUUAACCCCCAUCGCCACUGGGGCCUACGGCCUGGGACACUUCCUCGGGGAACAGAGCUGGGGCCACCCCGCGCCAGGCACACAGCAGGUGCCAGUCAGGAAGCCCCCCACCCCCGGCCCCUGCUUUCCGACAGCUGCCACCCACCCCCACCCCGCCUGCACAGGACCUUCUGGAGGUGGAGCCCAAGUGCGCACCCCGGGCCACCCGCCUCACCCCGCUGUCCCGCAUCAGCAGCGAGACCGGCCGCGGAGGGGCCGGAGGGAGUUCACAGGCUGGUGCUGAUGGAAAGGAUCACGUUUUCCGAACUUUCUGCUGCAGUGACGGGCGCUGGAGUCUGAUGGAGAUUUUCUGAUUGGAGCUGACGCUGAUGCCGCAGAAAAAGCUUUCAAGGAGCCCAAAUUCACGUUUACAGACUAUCUCAGCGUUCUGGGGGAGCCCUCACCGCCGCCCCCCCGGGCAGAAAGUUCUCGAGUGGGUGGGGGUGUCGGGCCCCACCCUGUGGGCGCUCUGGCAGAGUCUACCGUUAAGGGAGACACCUGCCCUCCAGGGCACCCGGCCCAGAGUCGGGGGUGUCUGCGGCCAGCCCGGCAGGGCCGGUCCCUCGCUGGUGCCCUGUACCACUAGGAAGCGGGCAUCCCACUGGGCGUCCCAGCCCCACCUGGCUUCCCUACAGCCUCCCUUGGCUUCUUGGGGUUGGUUCUGCUAUCAGAACCAACCCUGCAGAUGGGGCCAGGACAGCGCACGCGGGCAGAGCAGGGCCUGAAGCUGGCAGGCAGAACAGUCCCUUCACAUUUCCACGUGAAA